AUGGCGAAAGCACCCAAAGCCGAUCUCGUGACGCGAGACUAUACAAUCCAUCUCUCCAAGAGAAUCCACAAGCAACAAUUCAAGAAUCGAGCUCCCCGUGCGGUCAAGGAGAUUCGCAAAUUCGCCCAAAAGACCAUGGGAACACAGGAUGUCCGCAUGGACUCGAGAUUGAACAAGUUCGUAUGGUCCACUGGUAUCAAGAACCCUCCCACUCGAGUACGCGUCCGUCUGUCGCGAAAGCGCAACGAAGAUGAAGAAGCCAGUGAGAAAUUGUACACCUUGGCGCAACUCGUCGAAGUCGCGUCCUUUAAGGGAUUGCAAACAGAAAAUGUCGUCGAGGCCUAA